AUGGUUAUGAUUGGACAACUCUCCCCAAAGAAGAAGAAGAAGAAACAGCGAAGUUACAGAUUCCGCGAGAAGCGGGACUCUGUCCGGCGGAUGCAGGAGGUCGGAGUGGAGGAGGUGGCCCGGGAGCUGCAGUGCGCUCGCGGCACCGCCCACGGGUGGUGGCAACAGACUGACAAGCUGCUCAGCUUCACUGGCCACGCCACCUCUAAGACAAUGAAAGAACAGGGACGUCAGGAAUUAUUUCCUGACGUCGCUGCCAUCGUCACCUUCAUGAAAGCCAAGCGUCGUGCUGAGUUGGUGAGUACUACUCCGUCCCAUAUAUGUUGA